CGCUGACCCCUUCGCGCUUCCUGAGGAGUACCAAGGCGAGGCGUGGGAAGCUACUCAACAUCCCUCUAAUCCACUGAGGCUCAAGUUACGCCGUGCCAGGAAAAAUGAUCAGCCUCUACCUGACUCUCCUACUUCUGCCUGGUGCCACCACGGAGAUCAGCCAACCUGAUAAUCCCCAUACACCUUGGAACCAAACCUGGAUCAUCAUCUCUGGAGGGUCCAACCCUAACAGGAUAAUUAGCAGAAUCUCGUCUGUGGCCCCACGAGACACCUGGUUCCCCGAUCUAUAUGCAGACCUUUGUGAUCUAGGGGGGCGGAUGUGGGGACCUUCUGGAAACGAACCUGACAUUCUCCCAAACGGCAAGGAGCUCUCAGCAUUCGCUGUAGGAUGUGACACACCUGGAGGACGCGCCAAAGCAAGGCAACUGCAAUUUUAUGUUUGUCCUGGCCACUCUAUGACCAAAGAACGGCGUCAGAAAUGCGGAGGAGAAAACUACGCUUUCUGUGGCAGUUGGGGGUGUGAGUCAACUGGAUCAAUAAGCUGGGACCCCCCGACCAAAGGAGACUUUAUCACGGUACAGCGGACUGCCAGUUGUAAAACAUCCACCAGAGCAUCACUGCAGAGGAGAUAGUAAUUCCACAAUAAACUGGCCAAUUGCCUUUCAGUGCACAAUGACCAGCGUUAACUCCAAACCACAGGACUGUGAAGCC